UUUCUCAUUUGUUUUGGAACGAACUUUUAUAAACAAAAAGAAAAAAAUUACAUGUUUUAGAAAGUUUAUUCUAUAACAAAUAAAAACUAAAAAACUACAGAACUUGUAAGUCCCAAGUGGCGAUUCCAAUCCCUCAACGACUCCAAAUCCCCAAACUCUGCCGCGUUGCGUGACGGCUGGUCGCAACUCCGCCGUGAGCGGCGUGUCGUCUUCUCUGGUGUUUGCUGCUAUCCAAAAGAAACUAGCUGAUUUCACAUUUAUUGGAAGAACAGUUUGAAUUUGUGAAGUUGUAAGAGAAAUUGGUGCUUUUGAACCUAGAGAUCUUGCUUGAGCUUUAGAUUGUGUCAGGGCACAAGAGCUUGAAAUGACUGUCACAAAAACAUCCAAGAAAACUGGUGCUCCCCAAAUUGUUAAGUUGAACAAGGCAUUGAAAUUGGCCGAGUUAUGGGUAAAUAAUAUGAGCAAAGAUGAUGAUGAUCAUAGAACAAAGGCGGAUUUAGAGAGUAGACCUGCCGGGCUUGGUCUAGGUGCAAAAGUUUCACGCCAAUCAAAAUUUGUUCCUUCCGAUGACCCUGUCGAAAAGAAGUUGUAUGCCAAAUUGACAGCUGAAAAAAGAAAAGCAGCCAAUAUUGCUAAGGAGUCUGCCACAAUUGCGAGAGAUGGUUUAGAUGACGACGAAGACAGCGAGGACUUAGAUAGCAGAACUAAUGCGUUUGCUAAGAGGAAGGCAACGGCACCUUUGGCAUCAUCUAUAUUGCGAAAUAAGAAGCAGAAGUGACAUUCACUGAUGAGUUCUUUUUUGCUGCAAAGCUGUAAAGUAUCACAUUUUGCAUUUGCCUUGUUGGAAUUUUGGCUUAAUACUUGGUGCAGAUUUUUACGUAUCGUGACCGCUGUAGUGAAUGGGAAAAUAUUAGCAUGAAUUGUUCAUGCGAAGCUGUAGUGACUUGACCAAUGGCGUUUUUCUAGUUACAUAUUUUUACUUUAAUGUGUUACUUUAUACCA